AUGCACGUUAGACACCACAGCGAUCCCGCUCUCGAAAUCUACACACCGCGCGGAGGUGCGGUCGUCUAUUCUACCAGGCCCCGAUUCGAGUCCGGCGAGUUUACGCCCCUCGCGGACCCCGUCGCACGGCUCACGCGCGAGUGCAGCGCGCUCCGGCUGCGACUAGCCACCGCCGAGCGGCGCGAGAGAUCAGCACCGUUCGGCCCAUUGACAGCUCCCGUCCAGCCUCGCACGCCGCCAUCGGCGCGAUUCGAGCUUGCGUUGGAAACCGCCUACGCGCGCCGCGACGCCGCACGCUCACACAUACAUAUCGAGAUCAUGAAGCUCGCCGAACGAUACAAGGCGCUGCAGGAGACCCUGCGGGAGAUGCAGGAGAACCUGCGCACGAAGGACAGGGAGAUCGAAACGUUGAGGCAGGAGAGGGACAGGUUGGUCGCUGAGCGCGACCAGGUGAGGGUGGAGAGAGACCAGGCGAGGACAGAGCGCGAUGAGGAACGAAUGAAGAAUCAAAGGGUGUCCCCGGAGAGUGGAGUAGUCGAGAACAGGGAGCAGAACGGAGUACAGCACCCUAAUCGUCGCCGGAGUCGGACACCGAGUCGGAGUCGAGCACCGCGCAGGAUCGAGAACGCGCCUCCCGUCCCACAGAAGCCGCAGGCUGUCAUGGACGCCGAGCAGAUAGCGCGGACACGGAGCAUGGACGUUUUCAUGACCAAGACAGACAACUGGUCGGGCGCUCAGGUCAUCCAGGCUGUGGAGGACCUGAAUGCCGAGAUCAACCAAUUCGCUGCGAGCGCGACCGAGACGUGUGCGUUCACAAAGAGGAUGAAGGCCCGGGCGCCGCCCCCGACGUCGGACACGGGGCCCUUGCAAGACGAGGAGAGCGCACCCUGGCUGGGUGCGGCGUUCGUGCAGGCACUGUCGACUCGCGACCACACGCAGGAUCCGAUCCUCGUUCAGCUCGCGCUGCAGGCGAGCAUCGUGACGUGCUGUGCACGCUCGCUCUCGCUGUUCUGCGUGGGCUUUCCGUCGAAGCUCGACGCGCUUCUCUCGCGCGUACUUACGCACAUGCAGUCUUCCGAACCGCAGGCAACGUCCGCACGAUGGCGCGCCUUGACGCAUCGAUCGAUCAGGAUGCUGUACCCUGGGCUGGAAGAAUACGCAAUCACGGAACUUGUGGCGACGAUGCUGCGGUGGUCUUCGACCGUCUUCGCGCUAGCAGGCUCAUCACCGACGACGGAGCCGUCACCCGCUCUCGUGCCAAGCACUCAGUUGCGACGUAUCGCCGAGGCUGUUUAUCGUUUAGCACGGGUGACGCGGGAAGAGAUCCUCUCUACCAGCUUCGAAGUCGUCCUUGUGGACAGUGGAGAACCGUUCGAGGAGGGCUCCAUGUCGAACAAGAUGAGGGACUAUGAGGAAUGUAUCAUCGACGAUGCUACCAGCGUCCAGAGCUACUCUAGUGGUAGAUCGAGUGGGGCGCGAGCGGGCGGGGCGAACAACGGGAGAGUACUCUGCACGACAGAGCUGGGCCUGCGUUGUGUGACGCGGAAGUCUAGGAGGGCAUCGACGGCCUCCGAGGACAACGUGGAGGAGCCCUUCGAGGACCGCAUACUACUGACUCCCAAGGUCGUACUUAAUUCGGCCCUGGAGGCAAUAGACCGGGGUCAGUGACCAUCGUAAAACGCUCGACGCCUUUGGCUUGUGGCGUAGCCUCGGUAUGUACUCAUGCGUAUUCGAUCUGUAGCACACACAUCUUGUAUCACUAUAACAUCCUAACUUAUGUCAUUCGACAUGGAUUAUGGAACUACAGGUCCCGCCGACGUAGACCAUGACUGAGGCCGAAGGACCUGGGUUAGUACACCAUAGGUAAGGUACGCAAUUGAUCAACUUCAUCUCCUGCGCUAUUUAACGUCCUAUUUUCAUGCUUGAACGAACCAAUUAGAGUCGAGGAUUUAUCGCGUACGCGGGACAAGGACUUAGGCCUUAGGACGUACUGGAGUCUAAGGAGGAUCGCGCCAGUGACUGCUCAGAUCUCAGACUCCUAACUUAGCAGACUUAGCCACAUGUACCUUGUCCUCCGCAUGUAUUACACAGCUGUAUUUUCUCGUAUCUUACGAGAUUCCGCUUUCUAAACACGUUGUUAUCCG